AUGAGUUGGUCCAAGUCGAGUGGUAUGCCUGAGGUGGCGGCUGCAGCUAAGGGUGGCAAGGCGUUGAAGCAGCCGCUGACUAAAGUCACCAAGAAGCUGCCCAAGAAGCAGAGGAAUUCUCGCAAGCAGAGCUAUUCCACUUACGUGUACAGGUUGCUGACCCAGGUCCACUCUUUCACUAGGAUCUUGUCCAAGGCAAUGAUUGUUAUGAAUUCCUUCGUUGUCGACAUUUUCGAGUGCAUCACCUCCAAGGCUUCGCACCUCAUUCACUACAACAAGUGCCGCACCAUCCUGGCCAGGGAGUUCCAGAGUGCCGUCCGCCUCAUGCUGCCAGGAGAACUGGCUAAACAUGCUCUCUCUGAAGGCACUAAAAUGGUCACCAAACACACCAACUCCAUUUAG